CUGUUCGAACAUUUUUAAAAGAGACAGGCUUGUGUUUUGGUCUUGUCUUGUUUCAUUCAAAUCAUUCAUUAAGUAUUAACAUUAAGACAUUAUUGAAAUUAAGCAUUUUUAGGUUGUGUCUUACAAAUUCUAAUCAAAUCCAAUUCGAGUUUCAAACUAAUGAAUUUCAAUUUACUUUAUACUUUGUAACUCAAAUACCUAAAACGAGGUUAAUUUAUUACAAAUCUAUGUUUUUCAUACCAUAUUAUCAAUUUUUAUUCAUGUUAGUGUAACCUUUGGACUUCAAAGACCGUUUCAAACUUUCAAUAAUGACGUGGAUUUAUAUAUAAUUACUUAUCGCUACUUUAUAUUUGUAAUAGUGUAAUUCAAGGUGUCAUUAGAAAACAGAAGCAUUCGAAGAUUUGAAGAAAAGAAUGGAACUGAUCGGCAGUAUACAGAACUACCACUGGGGCCAGAAGGGUAGUGCUAGCAUAGUUGCUCGUCUAGCCGCUGGGAUUGCCAGUGACGUGGUGGACGAGAAUCGGGCCUAUGCUGAGCUGUGGAUGGGAACUCACGUGAGCGGCCCGGCCACGGUGCGAGCCACAGGUCAGCUUCUCGCUGAUUGGCUGCUCCAAAAUCAACACAAACUUGGUGAAAAAGUACUGACAACGUUUGGCGCUCAAGCGCAGUUGCCGUUUCUAUUCAAAGUUCUGUCGGUCAAACAGCCGCUGUCGAUUCAGGCACAUCCUGACAAGGCUUUAGCUGGAAAACUGCAUUCGCAGCGGCCAGACAUCUAUAAAGACGCAAAUCACAAGCCAGAGCUGGCUAUUGCAUUAUCAGAAUUUGAAGCUCUUUGUGGCUUCAGACCUCUUGCAGAGAUCAAACAAUUUAUGGAAGAUGUUCCUGAACUCAGGUCAAUUAUAGGCGAUGAAAUAUUGUCAGAAUUGCAAACGUUGAAUAGCGACCAUCCACGUCAUGUUUUGGAAAAAUGCUUACGGGUGCUGCUUACAACGGCGGAUGAUGCAAUUGAAAAAAAACUCAGUAAACUAAUAUCUCGAAUGAAAAGCAUGGAUGAAGCAAGUCGAAAGUCAGUAUAUGCCGACCUGGUUGAGAGAUGCCACCAAUAUUAUCCGGGCGAUGUGGGUUGCUUUGGGCCCUACUUCUUCAAUCAUGUGACGCUCAAGCCUGGUGAAGCCUUGUACUUGCCAGCCAGCGAGCCCCAUGCUUAUAUUUCAGGAGAUUGCGUGGAAUGCAUGGCCUGCUCGGAUAAUGUGAUUCGCGCCGGACUGACGCCCAAACUGAAGGACGUGGACACUCUCUGCUCAAUGCUGUCCUAUGCUUGUGAGGCUGCUCAUAGCAAACUGUUCAGGGGCCAAUUGCAAAACGAAUUCUGCACUCUCUUCUGUCCGCCUGUGCCCGAUUUCGCUGUUGCCAGAUUCCAAAUACCCGCUGGUAAAACGUGUACAAUGGCGGCGCGAGAUUCUUCUUCCAUUAGCAUCGUAAUUAGUGGUGAAGGUACUAUUGACAGUAAUUGUCAAAUUGGGCGUGGUUCUAUAUUAUUUAUAGGCGCGCAUGAAACUAAAACAGUGACGGUUAUAUCUGACUUGGUACUAUUUCAAGCCUUUGCCAAUGUAUGAUCGAGCCUUUGAACGCAGUUCAAUUAAUAGAUUGAAUGGAUAAAAUACGCAUUCCAGUGGUAAAUGCACAACAGAUAACCCAGAAAAAAAGUGACCCAUCAGAAACACUGAAGUACUUCAUAGGCUGAAAUAAAGGAAAAUAUACUCUACAAAAAUGCUAAUAUUCUCUUGAAUUUCCUGUAAUCAG